UAAAUUACACCUAACUGAUGAGCAUGCGUGUGAAAUAAAUAUACUGGUAUUUGGUACACACGUUUUUCUCUCUUUAUUAAAGAAAGCUAUAGACCUGGUGACAAAGGCCACAGAAGAAGAUAGGAAAAAGAAUUAUCAAGAAGCUUUCCGUCUUUAUGAGCAUGGGGUCGAAUACUUUCUUCAUGCUAUAAAAUAUGAAGCACAGAAUGAGAGAUCUAAGGAAAGCAUUCGGGCCAAGUGUAUCCAAUACUUAGAAAGAGCAGAAAAACUAAAGGCUUAUUUGAAAAAAGAUAAAGAGAAAAAGAAACCUGUAAAAGCAGGGGAAAAUGAAUCUAAGAAAGGAGAGGAAAACAAUAGUGAUAGUGAAGAUGAUGACCCAGAUAAAAAGAAACUUCUCAAUCAGUUAGAAGGGGCGAUAGUGAUGGAGAAACCUAACGUAAAGUGGUCUGAUGUGGCUGGAUUAGAAGGUGCAAAAGAAGCCUUAAAAGAAGCUGUAAUACUUCCGAUCAAGUUUCCUCAUCUUUUCACAGGAAAACGGAAGCCUUGGAAAGGCAUUUUGCUUUUUGGACCUCCAGGUACAGGAAAAUCAUUUUUGGCUAAAGCAGUAGCUACUGAAGCCAAUAAUUCCACAUUUUUCUCAGUAUCUUCUUCACAUCUGGUCUCCAAAUGGUUAGGAGAAAGUGAAAAGCUGGUGAAAAAUCUGUUUGAAAUAGCUCGACAAGAUAAACCAAGCAUCAUUUUUAUAGAUGAAAUUGACUCCCUCUGUAGUUCACGGUCAGACAAUGAAUCAGAGUCGGCUAGGAGAAUCAAAACCGAGUUUCUUGUACAGAUGCAAGGUGUCAACACCGACAAUGAUGGAAUUCUUGUUUUGGGAGCGACCAAUAUUCCGUGGGUCCUAGAUGCUGCCAUCCGAAGAAGGUUUGAGAAGAGAAUUUACAUCCCCUUACCAGAAGAAUUGACUGACUUUAUACUUCCUUACAGUUACUCUGGAGCCGACAUUUCUGUCCUUGUUAGAGAUGCUCUGAUGCAGCCCGUCAGGAAAGUCCAAACAGCCACCCACUUCCGCAGGGUGAGGGGCCCAUCAAGAAGUGAUCCCAACCAGAUUGUUGAUGAUCUGUUAACCCCUUGUUCACCUAGCUCUCCUGGGGCCAUUGAGAUGUCUUGGAUGGACGUACCUGGAGAGAAGCUGUUGGAACCAGUGGUUUCCAUGAGUGAUGUAUUACUAUCUUUGGCUAAUUCGAAACCCACAGUUAACGAUGGGGACUUGAUAAAACUUAAGUCUUUUAUGGAAGAUUUUGGACAGGAAGGUUAGCAAAGACAUGCAGUUAAAUCCAAUUGAAAAUUUAUUUUACUUUUUGUCGUGGAGAAAUCGCAUGAAGACAUCGGGAAGACCAAAGAAGAGAAUCCUUUCUAUGAGAAAAUGAUGUAAUCUUCUUGUAUAUUGAAUGUUCUGACAAUACUUUUAAGUUUGUCAAUUGGAUUUUUCAGUAACAAGAAUUUAUUGUAUUUUAGCUAUAAAUCUGAUUUGCUUGAAUAAUUAGAUCGUUCAAUUCAACUUCUCAAUCACAAAUGAAUGUUUUGAACGACUCACAUUCAUUUAAAUCCUGUUAUGAAUGAUAAAAGUGUUUUCUCACAUCCUGAUAGUACAUUUGUUUAGUUCAGAAUUGCAGUGCCUGUAUUACAUUGUUUUUCCACAGAUUUUUCAUCUAACCAUAGUCUAUCAGCUACAAAAAAGUAAGAUUCAUUUUCUAGCAUUGUUAAAUGGCUUAAAAUAAGUAAAACACAUUGGCUUUAUCUGCCGAUCUAAAUAAUGUUUGAAAAAUAAAGUACAUUGUUCUCUUCACAGAAUAUUGUUAUUAGUGUCUUCAUCUGAUCAUAGUCUAUCAGCAGCAAAAAGUAAGAUUCAUUUUCUAGCAUUGUUAAAUGGCUUAAAAUAAGUAAAACACAUUGGCUUUAUCUGCCGAUCUAAAUAAUGUUUGAAAAAUAAAGUACAUUGUUCUCUUCACAGAAUAUUGUUAUUAGUGUCUUCAUCUGAUCAUAGUCUAUCAGCAGCAAAAAGUAAGAUUCAUUUUCUAGCAUUGUUAAAUGGCUUAAAAUAAGUAAAACACAUUGGAUUUUUCUGCCGAUUUAAAUAGUUAUGUUUAAAAAGAAGAAAUGUUAAACAGUUGAAGUUGAUAAGUAUGAAGAACGUAUUAAAUAUAAUCAAGUGAAUGAAAGUUGAGAUGUUGGUGGUAAUGUGCCAGGAAGAAUUUGUUCAAGUUCAUGAAUCACGGGACAGGAAUAGGGUUAAACUUGAAAAUAAGUCUGACUUCUUAUUAAAGGUAUACAAGUACAUUAAAGAUCAACUUGUGAAUAGACUGAAAUAUCCAUUUUUAGAGAAACUACACGUUUUUAUCAAAAACAUUAAAAUACUAAUACUUGAUUGAAACUUAACACUUUUCUUUCAACUAGCUAGCUCGAUUUUGUUUCUUCCUGGCGUGUUACAAAAGUAUCCUCCGUUGUAAAUAUUGAUAAGGUGUGCCUAUGUAUUUUAUUGUUAUAAUUUGAAAUAAAACUUGUGUAGUUGGAGUGCGUUA